AUGGCCAUUUCCGGGUUGAAAGCAGAAUUUCUUUAUCUUUCUGUGCUUUGGAGAAGUUUGUAAAGCGUUACAAGUAGUGUGAUCAAGAUGGUGAUACGGAUAGUCUCAGGUGUGAGGGUCAUAGACAUCGAAAAACGAAGACACCCAAGUAAACAUUAUGUGUUCGUUAUUUCUAUCACAUGGUCAGAUGGCACUGUCACAGUCAUCUAUAGAAGAUAUAGCAAGUUCUUUGAGUUACAGUCCAAGCUGUUGGAUAAAUUCGAAGUUGAAUCUGGUACGGUAAAUCCUGAAGACCGAAUCAUACCAUUUCUACCUGGUAAAAUCCUCAUUGGAAGAAGUCAUAUUGAAAAAGUAGCGAGAAAAAGGCUUCACCCUAUCGAUGAGUACUGCAAGGCUCUGAUCACACUUCCACAAAUGAUAUCUGAAAGCGAUGAAGUCCUUCAGUUCUUUGAGAGUAGCAGGGAAGACAUAAACCCACAGUUGGGCAUUUCUGAAAAAAAGAAGGAACAAACUGCUGAUUCCAUCUCGGAACCAAUGUUAUUGGAACAAUACAUAGCAAUUGCUGACUACAAAAAAGAGGCUGCCAAGGAGGUAAACCUCAGAGAAGGCCAAAUGGUCGAGGUGAUUGAGAAGAACGAGAUGGGCUGGUGGCUUGUGAGUGUUGAGGAUUCCCAGGGUUGGGUUCCAAGCUCUUACUUAGAGCGUUCAGAUGGAAUAGAGGAAGAUACCAUGAUAGAAACAUUAACCGAUGAUGAUUACAAAUAUAUUUGCCUGGAUGAUUUCAUCCCUGACAAUCAGGAUGAAAUCCAGCUGGAUAAAGGAGGCAUGGUCGAUGUUGUGCAGAAAAGUCUUGAUGGGUGGUGGCUCGUCAGGUUCAAGGGGAAGGAAGGGUGGGCACCUGCAGCAUAUCUCACCCAAAUUACAGCAGAACGAGCAGCGUUCAUUACCAGUCAAGGCUCAAGGAACCCUGAUGUGGAAUGUCUGAAGAGGAACGACGUUCCUUCAGGCACCAGGAAGAGCUCGUCCUUUGAAUCAAAUUUGAAAUUCCCUCGUCCAUCUUUAGAACUUGUGUCAAACAUCUUAAAAAAGAUAACUCCAUCACCGAGUCCGGAGCCGUCGCGGAAAUCUUCAAUCGAUACAGAACAACCAACUGGAGGCGUUGAGAUCAUUACAAACAUGAUGGAAGUCAGUAAUCUGCCGAUUAAGAAGCUAAAAGACCACCAGGGUUCAUCUCCCACGGGUUCAACUUCGAGCAAAAAGAAUAGUCCGUUUCGAAUACCUUCUGGUGGUGAACGGUCCAGUCCUGGAUCUGGCAAGGCACCACCGAGGAGAGGGUCUAUUUCGGAUAAAGAGCGGUACAAGAGAUCCAAAGUUGCGCCAAAGAGGCCAGAGCCACCUAAAUUUCGCAAGGAAUAUUACACAGUGGCUGACUUUGCUGAUGGCGCUGAUGAUGGCAUAAACUUUUCAGUGGGAGAGAAAGUUGAAAUCAUAGAACGCAACACGAGUGGCUGGUGGUUUGUGAAGAUACGUGACCAAGAGGGCUGGGCUCCAUCAUCUUACAUCGAGGAGAAACAGGUUCCUUUGGUUCUGCCUUCAUCUCCAGUGACGACAGUAAGGCAAGGUGUGCACACUGAACCAACUGCUGUGAAGCCAUCUCCCUCUGCACCUCCAGCCCCCUCUGUAGGUGGCCUAAAACAGACAAUUAAUGCAGCUAUAAAACGAGUGCCAUCAGAUUCCGAGGAAGAUGAAAAUGACUUUGACGAUGAUUUUGAUGAAGAUAAUAAUGAAACACUUGUGCCACCAAAGAAAAAUGGAUUCAAUGAUUUCACGAAUGAGGCUGACGAGGUUUCCAAACUGCCUCAGGAACUUUACAUAGCAGUUGCGGCUUAUGAGAAAGUUGAGGACACCGAGAUUAGUUUUAAUGAGGACGAUGUAGUGGAGGUAAUCGAAAAGACUGAGGAUGGUUGGUGGUUGAUUAAAAUUGGAGAUGAUGAAGGGUGGGCACCUGAGUCGUAUUUAGUCGAAUAUGAGGAGGUGGAGGAUGACUUUGCUGACGACCCUACAGGCAGUGACAGCCCCAUCAUCGAACCACCUGAGAAAGAAGAAGCUGUUAAAUCAAGUUUAGUUCAGUCUCACAAAGAUGAAUCCAAGCACACACCACCUGUUAUGUAUAAAGCAGGACCGAGGCCAGUUAGUCCAAAGUCACAGAAUGAUAUGCCAGUGAGCACUACUCCCACACCUAGUCAAGUUAAACCUUUUUCUGAAAUACCAACAUACAGUUUUCCUGUCAAACAACAGAACACUUCAAAGCCUUUCAACACUGCACUUAAACCUGUGUCUAAACCUUCAGUUGAAGCAAAGCCUUCCUUUCAGUCUAAGCCUUCAAUUGAACCUAAGCCUAAGUUCAAUAAACCUGUACUGCCUUCAAAACCUGAUAUCCAAAAACCACAGCCGUCAGAGCAAAAAGAAAGUAGAACUAAAUCAAAAGUCUCAAGUAUGUCAAGCAUGUUUGAUUCUGGAAAUGUCGACGAAAAUAAUCCUGCAUCGCAAGCAGCAUCAGCAAAAAGAAAUGCAGCCAAGUCUCCACCUCAGGUUUAUAGUUUUUUGACAGGACCUAAACUUUUGCCGAAACCAAAAGCUCAGAAGAGUCCUGGAACUAGUUCUGUUUCUAACUCCUCACGUGUAGGCCCUAAGCCUGUCAUGCCAAAAUCAAAGCCAACACUGCUAAGUGUCCGACCUAAACCAGAGGUGAAAACUAAACAAAAACCUACUGGUUUGAAGGACACAGGAAAUGCUGAGGGUGAGCUUGGUGCUGUUCUCUCUCGUAGAAAGGUCAAGGUCGAUAAUGAAAAUGUGGGUGAGCCUAGAGGCAGUGAUCCUGCUAGCAAUCGUAAUCGUGGCAUUGGUACAGCCUCCACUGCCUCAACCAACUCUAGCGCAAGUAAUGGAACUGGCAGUGUCGGACAGCAGAAAGCUACCAGUGUGAAAGAAUUACAAAGAGUCUACAACCAGAUAAGGCCAAGGUGAUUGUCCUCAAAAAAUCGUUCUCAACGAUUUGAUACUUCAGUUGGUACUAUGUUAUUGUAAAGUUUCAUCACCAUGCAAGAUGGUACAUGUGGUAUCUUUUAGUGACUAUGGAUUGAACCCUAGGGCCUAGGCCAUCUGUUCACCCAAGCAGUUGACAACUUGGCACAAUGAAUUCAUCCCCUUUACAAAGCCAUUCAUUCUCCAAUAUCUCCACUACCCAUGAAUUGAUACGUAUGUAAUCAUUCCAUGUAUUGAUGUUAAUUCUAACAUGUUUGUUAGCUCUGAAGCUUUGUAGUGUGUACACAGCAGCUAGGCAGCAUUCUGUAUAACUUGCAAUUAGCAGGAUCCGGUGCAUGUUGAAAUGAUGCAUAUGUACAAAAAACGAAAUGUCAGCAGCAUGGCGGUUUUAUCACUUGCUAUUUAUAUAUAUUCCUAUAGAAAGCUGUAUCAUGAAAAUAAUUAUGCUCUCAACUAUCACACAGUAAAGUGGUUAACAGAAAAUCACCACGAUACAUGUUUUGUUCUUGGUGUCUCCGACUCUUUUAAAGAGAGAGAUCCAGUCGUGGCAGGAGUCUUUAUUUAGACCAGCCGAACGUGUGGCAAAUUAAAUUGGUGAUUAUUUCGACUACAUAAUAAACUACCCGAGGGGAACUCGAAACUGCUAACAUUUAUCAACGGAAGCAUAUUCCCGCCUCAGGUUUUAACCGGGCUGUUCAAAACUCUCCAUAUUUAUAAGAGUUUCGCUUUAGGUUUCCUUUAGCUUGUACAUGUAUACAUAUGUAUCCCAGUCUUGCAUUUGUAACCAGUCAGCUUACAUGUCUUACAAAAAGUGUUUCAGCAGUAGAAUGGCCACAGUUAAAGGCCUUCUCUGUUCUUUCAAAAAUUAAAAAAAUUCACGUAAUUGAUGAACUUUCACAUUUUGUUUCCCUGUUAUUUGUGAAGAGAUUCUAUCGACCAUUUACAUGCAGUAUUGUGAUACUCCUCCGUAAGUUUGAUAUGAAAGGUUAUUGUGUAAAUCAUAUAUGUAGAUAUUUUGUAACCUACUUGGUCAUUUAUCAUUUUGUACAAAACAAUAUACUUUAUGGUAUUUAAUUCAUACAUCAUGAAUAAAAUACAUGUAUCGAUAGAA